AUGCAUUUAUAUUUCCUAGCGAUCGCUUUGAUUAGCCUAUGGGCUCUAUGCUUGGCCACGCCUAGACAAAACUGCGGUAAGGGAUAAAAUUGGAACAGAACAUUAGUUCUUCGUUAAUUCUUUAGCUUGCGAUGAUUUCACCUGCACGAUGAGAUGUUAUUCUCGAGAUAAAACGCGAUAUGGCCGAUGUGCUCACACGGCUUGUCUGUGCCCCAAGCUCUGUAAUCGACCGAAAAAUUAUACCCUGCCGAACCAAAACCCCUGUGCCAUGAAUUCGAUCGCAGCGCCUCCGCAGAGAAAAAGCAAAAUGUCCAAAUUUAGAGAUGAUAGCGGUAUUCUCAGUAAGAGCGAAGAUCUGUGUAUUCCGUGUUUAAGAGCAGAGUUUAUGAAGACAUUGGAUAUGCUGAAUGCCGAGGGAAUGUAA